CUUCCGUUAUGAUAAUCGUCCAUGUUCCGCCAUUGUGUGUAUUCAUAAAAAGAAGACGAUCACUGAUGGGAUAACCCCGACUCUGUAUUACGAAGUCGGCCCAUAACUUGUGGCACCACGAUGGAGAAACAGAAUUCUCUGGAUGACUUCAUUGACAUCCAUAUCUGUGGUGCCUGCAAGAGUCAGUUCAACAAUGUUGAAGUGUUUCUACUGCACAAGAGCCAAUGUCCAUCCUUGGCAGAAUUGCGGGCCAAGAUGGCUGCCAAGGUGUCGUCUGCUCCCAGUUUGGAAGCGAGCAGUAAUAGCGAAGCACCUCGGACAACGGAAGGGGAAGUGGUGUCAAUCAAACACCUUGUUCAGGCUGCAGAGAGCCAGUUGCUCACACCCCAACAGAUUCCUAGUGGCGCGUCGGAGGUGGAUGGUCAACAUUCCACCUCCAUCACUGUUCAGUCGGGUUCAGGACAGUCCAUGGUGCUAACGAAGGACGGCAUCUUACAAGCUCCAGAAGAUUCUACCUCAGGUUGGUCACAGCAAGUGGAACAAAAUACUCCAACAUCGAGUGUCAUGUUUCUGUCCAGUGAAGAGGCUGCCGUGUUUCAAAAAACAAAGGAAGCGUCUCUGGAGGAAAAGCACAAAAUACCCAGAAGUCAAGACAAUCAGCAUGACCUUAAGCAGCUUCAGCCUGCACAGACAAUUUAUGUGGAGGCGAUCCAUCAGCCGGAGCAAGACUAUGAACUGAAUCGGCUGAAGACAAAAGAGGAGCAGUUCAGUGGUGUCAGCCUCUCUCUGAGCAGUGGUGGCUCGCCUCGGCAGGGGGAGAGAACUGAUGUUAUUGUUACAGAGAACAUGCUGACUGCAUCAGGGCAACAGGGGAUGGUGAUUGAGUCGGGGGCUCUGCUGCCCAACUCCGAGUUGGUCCACCAGGGGGAGCAGUAUCUGGUGAGCGAAGAUGGAGAUGCUUCCGAAGUUCAAACUGUCAUGUAUGCAGAGGAGACACCCCUCCCUCAGCACAAACCUUUCACGGGCAUGAGAGGACAUGAACUGAUGUUGGCGAUAGAUGACCCUGUCUCACCGAGUCGCAAGAAGUACAAGUGCACAUUUGCAGCAUGUAACUUCAUCACACUGUAUGUGCGAGACCUGGAGCGCCAUGUACGCACGCACACGGGAGAGCGGCCAUUUCAGUGUAUGCACUGCAGCAAAGCCUUCAGCCGCAGCGACAAACUGAAGAUACACCUGCGUGGGCACACAGGGAGCAAACCCUUCAAGUGUCAUUACUGUGAUUACGGAGCCGCUGACAGCAGCAGCCUCAGGAAGCAUCUUCGCAUACACACAGAUGAGAGGCCAUUUAAAUGCCAGAUUUGCCCGUAUGCAAGCCGCAACUCCAGUCAGUUAAUCGUCCACCUCCGCACACACACGGGUGACACACCUUUCCAGUGCUCCCUCUGUGAUGCCAAGUUCAAGAUUAACUCCGACCUAAAGCGCCACAUGCGCACACACACAGGGGAGAAGCCCUAUGGCUGUGAAUUGUGUGACUACAGAUGCUCUAUCAGAGGCAACCUUAAAAGUCACAUCCGUAUAAACCAUUCCAAUGAGAAUGAGGUGAAGUGCAACUAUUGUGACUUCCAGACAUCGUCACGGAAACUACUUCGGGAACAUAAGAAGAUUCAUGACACAACUCAUCCGGUGAAAUGUCCGACGUGUAAUUAUUGCUGUGCUAACAACAGUGCCCUCAAGGCUCAUAUGCGCAUCCACAGCGACGAACGACCUUUUAAUUGCAGCUUUUGUUCCUAUUCAUCAAAACAGAGUGGAAACGUGAAAACCCAUGUACGUAAGAAACACCCAGAAAAGAUGCUGGGGGAUCGUAAGCCAGGCAGAACAAUUAUUAAGAAGAGUGCUCGGGCUGUGUCCACGAAUACCCCCAGUCCCACUAAAACACGAGAGGAUAGAGGAUAUGGGUUCAAUCUGAAACCAAAUUGUAAAAAAACAUUUAGUUGUAAUAUAUGCUCAGCUGCUUUUGUGAGAGAGGACUCUCUGAGAAGCCACAUGAGACAACAUUGUAAGGAGAUAGCCCAGAACCUGGAGAGCACUGCCUUGGCUGUUCUUCAGCUCCAGAAUUCCGGUCAAAGUGACAGCCAGAUGUCUGACACAGUCGUGUCAACCAUCGCCAAUAUGGUUCAUCCCGGAGACCCAAUGGAGACUGAAAUGGAGGCAGUGAUGGUGGCAUCUCCCACCAGUAUCGUUUCCAGUGUCAAUGUCAUCCAGUCGCCAGUGGUCUCCCACACAAUUCAGACGUCUGCUCAGAUGGCCCAGCAGAGGAUGCACAUCAGGAGGAAGCGAUCCAGUAGUCGGGGUGGGCUUCAGGACAUAGCUGAAGCUGCCGCCACCCUCUCCCAGAUUCCCCACGGGUGUCCCUCCCCUGUCCGACCGACGUCCCCCUACCAGCAUCAGCAGCAGUAUGUGAACACUUCCAGGGCUAAUAUGGGAUUCCAGGAUGAAUCUUUGUCACUCGGGCAGCUUCCUCCAACAUCAGAACAUCAGAAUAUGCAUCAUCAGCAGUUUAUACAAAGCUCACAGGGCAUGCAAGUCCUGCAGAACCCCUACCCAGGCCUGAAGCUUAUCAACAACAAGCCUUACCCCUCUAAUGAUGGCGUUCAACAUUCCCUGACCCCCCACCAUCAGGUGGUCCAGCACAUAAACCCCCAUCAGCUUCCUCCCCGGGGCAUCGCUCAGCAGCCCGAAGCAGCGGCCAUCAACUUACAGGUUGUCCAGCCACCUGACCCUUACCCAGUCAGCCUGGUCACUCGUGACCUUCAGCUUCAACAGCAGCAAAAUCAACACCAGCAGCAGCAGCAGCAGCAACAACAACAGCAGCAGCAGCAGCAACAACAUAUGCACCAGUCCCAGCUGGCACAACAUGCACAUCCUCAGCACCUACAACCUCAGCAACAUCCGCAGCAGCAGCAGCAGCAGCAGCAUCAGCAGCAUCAUGGAGCAGCAGCAGCAACACAGCCAGCACAAAUCCAAAUCAUCCUACCAUCAAGUGGCUUCUCAACUCCUCAUCAUGGCAACCAGCAAGUGCCUCCAGUAUCGCUACCAAGUCAGGUGUCUCAGUCUGGGCGUCCACAGAUUGUCGUACAGUUCCAGGAGCCGGCAGUGUCGACUCCUGCACCACAGCCAAAUGUCAUCACACUGUCCUCGUCCGUCUGCCAGGCUCUCAUCUCACAGAUGCGGAUGCAAGACUCCAUAGCAGGCCAGAACUCAGGCUAUCAACCAGACAGCACGUCUGUGACGUCCCAGGAAGUCGUUGUUGCUGUUGAUGCACAGGGUGCAGCGUCCUCGCAUGGAGGUCAGUACAUCCAUUUGAAUAAGGUGGUGCAAUGAGGUAUAGCGUAAGACCCUGCGCAAUACAAAGCUUGGUCGGACUUACUACCCUUGGCUGAUGUGAACUGUCAGUGUUCCUCACAGUGGGGUGUUAUAUGCUGAUUGUCUAAAUCCACCUCUGACACAUGCACAUCCUGAUGUUUAGCACUGAAGCUACUCCCGUGAUAAAUCUAUGAAUUUGCUAAGUAAUCCAAGUCGAAGCACCAUAGAGGAGAGAACAGAAAUGCCCUUUCUAAGAAGCCUGAAGAUGAAAAAGCCAUUCACCUAAGCCCUAGUCUUAGUUAUGGAUCACAUCGGAGGAUGAUAAAUUAUUGGUUAGUAGGAUUUAUUGUUUUAAUGACAGGUCGCAGAAGGUGAAAAGGGGGCCAUAAAACAUGUAUUUAUUUGAUUUAUGACGUCUGGAGUGGCACUGUUAUCCCUGUUUAUGGGCCUGAUAGAAAAGCCAUUAUUUCCAACAGAGUAAAUAAUGCAGGGGGCCAUAUUUGCUAGUCGUGGAUCAGUCUUGUUUUAAUCGAGAAUCGGACGAGUAAUCAAGUGCGAUGAAGACUAAUACUGCAUUAUGAGAAAUACUUGCACGAUUCUGUCAACCCAAGUCCAAAUAACGAUAGUCAUAGACUUCUGGUGAUUUGCCUGACGCCAUUUGCGUUCCUCCCUCCUGUAUGCCUGUGUCGAGAGCAGCCUCUUAUGACUUUGCCUAAUACAUCUCGGAAAAGCCUUCAUCCAUCUUAUCCAAGUUUAUAGUCACAGAAAGAAUUAAGAAAAAUGAGACGAAUAUGGUGGCUGGUGGAUUGGCGUAUGAGAAGUCGUUUGAUAGACAAUAAAGGAUUAAAGCUCUAGACAACACGGUUUUAUCACUGACCAUUUCCAAGUCCCCAUCAUGUGUUCAUCUGGCUAAGAUGAAGCAAGGACGGGCCCAUUCUCAUAAAGUUCAUUUCAAAUAGACUCUCGCUCGGAGAGGCUUUGGACCAAGAAUGAAUUUCUA